UCACGCGCCCCUGUGCUCCUCCCUGCCCUCUCCCCCAGGUGCACCUCCGGACCCGCGACAUGUCCUGCUACAGCCAGUGCCUGCCCUGCCAGCCCUGCGGCCCGACCCCGCUGGCCAACAGCUGCAACGAGCCCUGCGUCAGGCAGUGCCAGAACUCCACCGUCGUCAUCGAGCCCUCCCCCGUGGUGGUGACCCUGCCCGGCCCCAUCCUCAGCUCCUUCCCGCAGAACACCGUUGUGGGCUCCUCCACCUCCGCUGCUGUUGGCAGCAUCCUCAGCUCUCAGGGAGUGCCCAUCAACUCCGGGUGCUGUGACCUCUCCUGCAUUACCAGCCGCUACUGCGGCAGAACAUGCCUCCCCUGCUAAAGCUGCCGCAGGCGGACCCACAGAAGGAACCCCAGGAACCCAGAAGACGGUCACGGACUGAGCACGGAGAUCCUGGCCAGCGCUUUCACAGGGACUGAGCAUCCAUGGCUCCACCUGCAAAGGAAGGCAGGAAGCGGCGCGCCUGGGCUCUCUGAAAACAUGGCCCUUGUCUAACGUGCCUCUUUCUCACUCUCUUCUCUCUCUCUCUCUUUUCUCUGUUGUCUUCUGCUCCCCUGGGCUGUGAUCACCUGCUAAGCCCCAUCCCAGGAAGGGCCUGCUGCCGCCCUCCCUCUCAGGG